AUGUUGGCCGUAAACACGGUUCAUGCUCGGAAAAAAGGCGUUGUUUACGACGGGGUUUCCGUAGGCUGCGACAUUCCUUGCGGAAACAGAAAACACUGCAUUGUUAAAGCAGCUCCCACGGAUUCCCAGCCACUGAAAUUUAAAAGCAUCACUCCACGAAUCUGGGCUGGUGCGGGUUUCAGGUCUAUGCCGGCUGAAGCACCAGCUAGUGAAGAAACACUGAUUCAGUGUUAUAACAAAGGCUGUGGUCAAAAAUUCGACCCAGAGACAAAUAAUACAGAAUCUUGCCUGUACCAUCCCGGUCCACCUUACUUCCACGAUGCUUACAAAAUAUGGAAUUGUUGCAACAAGAAAAGUACCGACUUCGGAACAUGGUUGAAUUUUCCUGGAUGCACUCGCGGGAAGCAUAAUGGCGAAAAGCCGGCAGAUAUUGUGAAAGUAGCAGCAGUGAAAGAAAUUCGACCGGAGAAGGAAGAGGAAGUGAUUGUAUGGAAAGGUCUCAAUAAGCCAGCUGAAAGGAAAGCUGUUGAGGAAAGAAAAGAGGUUCCGAUUGCUGUGGAAACGACUCCAGCAGCGCUAGCGGCUAUUCAACGUUUUCGCGAGCAACAAGCUGGAAAAGGUGAUGAGGAAGGCUUACGUAUCGGCGCACCAUGCAGAAACAAUGCUUGUGAUAAGUCCUAUGCGGGUCCUGAGUCUGAUGCUACACCUUGUAUUCACCAUCCUGGUCAGGCAAUUUUCCAUGAAGGCAUGAAAUACUGGUCGUGUUGUGAGAAGAAGACAUCAAAUUUCAAUGCAUUUCUCCAACAAGCUGGGUGCGAAAGAGGAAAACAUCAAUGGAGCGCGAAUGAAAAAGUGGAUAAUGUACGCGAUGACUGGUUUUCAAGCAAUGGGCUCAUCACGAUAAAUGUAUACUGCAAGGGGGCUCUUCCUGACGAUGUACACGUGACCAGUGAUGGCCAGAUGCUACGUCUACACAUUGUUCAUGGUUUUGGAAAAAAGGAAACUAAUCUUAUCUAUGACCUUUGGGGAGAAGUGGUGUGCAGCGAAAGCAAAGCAGUGGUUGGAGAGAGAAAGGUUGAGCAUUGGUUGGGAAAAGUGAAGGCGCUGAGGAAGAAGUGCAAACGUGAUCGUGAUUUACCGGUUAAAACUGAAUGUUGUUGUUUAAAAGUUUUUGGUGUUACCGGUUUUGCGCAGAAAAUCGGCACAAUGGCACGUAACCGAUAG